CAUCAGAGACAUGCCAAUUUAUAACUAAACCUAAUGUUUUUUUUUAUAGGGUUAACAUAUUUUCUUUUAUACAUAUUACAUGAUCACAGCUUUAGCACUUUACUUGUUUAACUUUUAACAUUUAAUCGUUAAACCUGUGAUUCAACUGUUUUUUAUUAUGUUUAACCAGAUUUUGAGAAGAUGUCUUACAGUGUGAAGGGUUUUUCUGUUGCUUACUCUCGAACAAUUGCGUUUUACUGUUACUUCUUAAAUGGAUCUAAAAUAUUAUAAAACUCGGUUUGGUAAAAAUUGGUUUGCUACAUAAAACUUUUUUAACAUGAAUCUCUUGAAUGUGUUGAUCGGCGUUCAAACCUACACCAAAAAAAGCUUUCUUAGAACAGGUUGUGUAUUAAAGCUCUGGUUUGCUCACUCCGCUACUCAACGAUUGAGGAAGGUCAUCAAAAUUCGCUGUUAUUCCAACGGAUGCUGCAAGGAUGUCAGGUACUCACAACAAAUGCAACUGGCUCUUGAGUGCUUGUGUAAGCGAAACUCAAUUGAGAAAAGAUUGAAGCAAGAGCCGAGUUAAGCUGUAGCAGAAUCGGGAAACUUCGGUGAGAAGUUUGCAGCUUCUUUGCUCCCAAAAUUUUUGGCCAAGUGCUAAAACAACAUUGCAAGGACACACGGUGACAAGCAGGAUCCUGCUCUGUGAGUGAGUUUCUGCUGGGAACCGUUACGUUGCGAGAGGAACAAUGGUAAGAGAUAAUAAAUAAACAUCGCGAGAGCGGCUGAGAGCAGUUCCCGUGAGAACGUUUGUUGAUCAUUUUCCAGCGUUCGACAGAAAAUUGGCAACGAAGUAAUAAGGCGGCUAAGAAAACUACUCAGAUGACAGCUAUGGUUCAGUGUAGCGCUCGUAGUCGGCUGAAGUUGACAUGUACGUUUGCCAGUAAUGUACAUUACGGUUGUGUCGAAAAUGGCUUACCUGGUGUGUGGUGAGGAUAGUUUAAAGCAAAAGGAAAAAAUAUAAAACGUACUGUGCUACACCAGCAAUAGCAACAAAAAGUGAUUAGUGAAAUUCGAAAGGAAUGUGAAAAUUUUACAUAUUUCCCAAUCGUGCUCAAGUGUCGAAUAGUGAAACACUCGAGACCGUGCCACUGUUGGUGGUUAAUCCAACGUUCGUUGCGGUGAGUGUUUCGAACCGUCUGUAGAGCAACGGGCGUGAUGUACUCUUCGAUACCUUAUUGAUUGAGUUAUGUAUGGAUGUGACAGCAUCAACAGCAUCUUUGCUGCAAUCGAAUGACAGCAAGUUGUGGGAAGGGAAUGCAUCGCCAUAUUAUCAACUAAUGGAUUACAGUGCCAGUGAUUGAAGUAAGUGUAACUAAACGAAAUCGGCGUUGAAAAUCCACUACUCUAAUGCUUACUGUGUAAGUAUACGUAUUAGUGAUCUUUUCGAGGAUGUGCAUCUGUUUUCCAAAAUGAAUGGAAAAGCAUGAUUUGAUUGUGCAGUUUACCAAAGCUUGUUAGAGUGUGUGGUGUUUUACAUAGUUUAACAGUGUUAGAGAGUAAACAAAAUUUUAAAUAGAUAAUAGUGUAGCAUCGUACCGGCUUUCACGUGAUGGCUAAAAGAAAUGCCGACAACUAAUCAUCAUACACAAUUGGGCCCCAUUCAGAAUGGCACCGGCAACCCAUAGUAACCUUUCCGGCACAACAACUAAAUGCAAAGGAUCCGUAAUAGCCAGUGGUGCACACCGAAAAUGCACAUAGAAAAUGUUCUACGAGCGUCAUGUAUCAUUUGGGUUUCUGUCAGCUCGAACAUUAUAAUGACCGCCACGACCGAGGAGUCGUCCGAUGCCUUGCAACCGUACUUUGACUUUGACGUGCCGCGCAAUCUCACCGUAACCGUGGGCCAGACUGGUUUCCUGCACUGCCGGGUCGAGCGUCUAGGCGAUCAGGAUGUUGCGUGGAUACGACAGCGUGAUCUGCAUAUACUUACGAUGGGAUCAUCCACCUACACCUCGGACCAACGAUUUCAGGUGAUACGGCCGGAAGGUUCCGUCAACUGGACGCUGCAAAUAAAAUAUCCCCAGACACGUGACUCGGGCGUGUACGAGUGCCAAAUCAACACCGAGCCGAAAAUGUCCCUGUCAUAUGUGUUGAAUGUAAUUGAGUUACGCGCACGGAUACUAGGACCGUCGGAUAUAUUCGUCAAGUCUGGCAGCGAAAUAACGAUGGUUUGCAUCAUCCAGCAGGGACCACACGAGCUGGGCACGGUGUUCUGGUACAAGGGAAAUACGCUGGUGGAACCGCUCGCACAGGAAAACGACAUCCAUUCGGGCGAUCGUGGACGGAUCACCAUCGAAACAGAUUGGACAGAUGCCCUGACAUCUAGAUUAAAGAUAAAACGGGCCGUGCAGGGCGAUACCGGCAACUACACCUGUGUACCGACGAUGGCCCGCUCUGCAAGCGUCUAUGCUCAUGUAAUUAGUGGCGAACAUCCAGCAGCAAUGCAGCACAAUGGAGCUCCAACCGUUAGCCAACCACCGGUACGGCACAGCAUGUGCAUGCUAUUAUUGUUGCACCUGGCCACACUGCUGUACCUGCUGCUGGGGGGCACCCAUCGUUUCGGUGGACACAGCAUCAGCCAGCGGCAACCGACCCAUCGUUGGGCCCACGGCAAAAGCUCACCUGCAGCAGUGGAACGGUGUGGUGCGAUGGUUUUACCAACCCAGCCCAGCUAGCAGAAAGUUUCACAGUUUGGCAUACCGGGCCACCGAAUGGAAUUUCGCACGUAUGAUGAUACACCACCCGCCCGGACACUGCAUGUCCACACGUGGCCAGUGAAUUUCCCCGGAUAAAUCUCCCGCAGUUUGGGGAAAUUUAUUGUUUCAUUUGCUGCAAAACGGCUUUUCCUCCCGAUUUUCCUGUGCAUCUACUACCCCCUUUCUAUAGUCCAUGCAAAACCGAGUGCAUAUGGAUGGCUGCAUGUUUGAGUGUAGCACCCGGUAGGGGGAGAAAGAGAAAGAGAGAGAGAGAAAAGAACCGAAUAAGGACACAAAAAAAUGAACAAAACUUGAACAGACAAAUCGAAAAUAUCUUCAUUCAUAGUGAGAAUUCUGAUUCAUCAUACAUUCCAGAAAGGGUAGUGCAGCACACUAUUGCCAACAGAGACACACAUUCGCAUUUAUAUAUAUAUAUAUGCAUGCACACACUCACAGCGAAUGAUUCGGUAAUACGAACGAGAACAAAUCAACCGAGAAUAGUCAACGACAAGCCUGGAUUAAAUUUUCUUCUUCCACUUUUACCAGGGGUGGUAGAAUAUAAUACUUCAGCAUUGGGAUACGCCAACGGGGAACAUUCGCACGUAUGGAAACUGAUUGUUGCGAUCAAAACAGCUGAAACGUAUCGGUGGCCCGGUAGGGGACUGCAUUUUCUUUAUCCUGCAUCCAGGGUACGUUUCCAAUCGAUCGCCAUAUACUGUACGAAUUGAAUGAUUCGAUUGGGAAGACGGACAGAUUCCUUCGUGCUGCGUCCGCAGCACCGUAUGUGGCGGUGGUGUUUCUUAGAUGAAAGAAACACCAAACGUGCGCUAGGUAGACAAAAGAGGACAAUUUCAUUUCAAACUAUGUAUACAACAACAACAAAAAAACAAAACAAUUUAGAUGGAGUUUCCCAUUUGAUGAAAUAAACACAUUUGAAACGCAAAUCGUGCCAAACA